UGGCGCGGCGGGCGCCUUGAGAACUUGGCUCCGAGGGCGCCGGGCGCCCUGGAGUGAGGCGGCCGGGAAGGGGCUCUGGAGCCUGGGCCGAGGCUGGGGAGGCGAAGCCCGAGAGGACGAAGCCGCGGCGGUGAGCGAGAAGAAAACAGGGACAUGGCUAAGGAUAUGGUGGCCCUGGGUAUUCAAACCUUGGAAGUCUGUCUCCAGCUUGUGCCCUCAACCACUAAUCACGUUCUGAGGUGAAUGACCAUAGUUUGCACGUGGGGGUAACACUUCACUGGAAAGUGGUACAAUCUGAAGCCCCAGGAUGGGAAGAGGAAGCUGUGGUCCCGCCUUCUGUGAGGCAUGGCGUGUAAACAGCCGAAGCAGUCUAAUGUAAUACAGGAUCUUUCAAAGAUGGUUUGGCUGCCUUGGAGAUUUGGAGAUCUGAUGUCACGAUGAGGACUCACACACGGGGGGCUCCCAGUGUGUUUUUCAUAUAUUUAUUUUGCUUUGUGUCAGCCUAUAUCACCGACGAGAACCCAGAAGUCAUGAUUCCCUUCACCAAUGCCAACUAUGACAGCCACCCAAUGCUGUACUUCUCCCGGGUCGAGGUGGCAGAGCUCCAGCUCAGGGCCGCCAGCUCACACGAGCACAUUGCCGCCCGGCUGACCGAGGCCGUGCACACCAUGCUGUCCAGCCCCUUGGAGUACCUCCCGCCCUGGGAUCCCAAGGAGUACAGUGCCCGCUGGAACGAAAUUUACGGCAACAAUUUGGGUGCCUUGGCAAUGUUCUGUGUGCUGUACCCGGAGAACAUUGAAGCCCGAGACAUGGCCAAAGACUACAUGGAGAGGAUGGCAGCGCAGCCUAGUUGGUUGGUGAAAGAUGCUCCCUGGGAUGAAGUUCCGCUCGCUCACUCCCUGGUUGGUUUUGCCACUGCCUAUGACUUCUUGUACAACUUCCUGAGCAAGACACAACAGGAGAAGUUUCUUGAAGUGAUUGCCAAUGCCUCCGGAUAUAUGUAUGAAACUUCAUACAGGAGAGGAUGGGGAUUUCAAUACCUGCACAACCAUCAGCCCACCAACUGCAUGGCUUUGCUCACAGGAAGCCUAGUUCUGAUGAACCAAGGGUAUCUUCAAGAAGCCUACUUGUGGACCAAACAAGUUCUGACCAUCAUGGAGAAGUCUCUGGUCUUGCUCCGAGAGGUGACGGAUGGCUCCCUCUAUGAAGGGGUUGCGUAUGGCAGCUACACCACCAGAUCACUCUUCCAGUAUAUGUUCCUUGUGCAGAGGCAUUUUGACAUCAACCACUUUGGCCAUCCGUGGCUGAAACAACAUUUUGCAUUUAUGUACAGAACCAUCCUACCAGGGUUUCAAAGAACAGUGGCUAUUGCAGACUCAAAUUACAACUGGUUUUAUGGUCCAGAAAGCCAGUUAGUGUUCCUGGAUAAAUUUGUCAUGCGUAAUGGCAGUGGUAACUGGCUGGCUGACCAAAUCAGAAAGAACCGUGUGGUGGAAGGUCCAGGGACACCAUCCAAAGGGCAGCGCUGGUGUACUCUUCACACUGAAUUUCUCUGGUAUGAUGCCAGCUUGAAAUCGGUUCCUCCUCCAGAUUUUGGCACCCCUACAUUGCAUUAUUUUGAAGACUGGGGUGUCGUGACUUACGGAAGUGCAUUGCCUGCAGAAAUCAAUAGGUCUUUUCUUUCCUUCAAGUCAGGAAAACUUGGGGGACGUGCAAUAUAUGACAUUGUCCACAGAAACAAAUACAAAGAUUGGAUCAAAGGAUGGAGAAAUUUUAAUGCAGGCCAUGAGCAUCCUGAUCAAAACUCAUUUACUUUUGCUCCCAAUGGUGUGCCUUUCAUUACUGAGGCUCUCUACGGGCCAAAAUACACGUUCUUCAACAAUGUUUUGAUGUUUUCCCCAGCUGUGUCAAAGAGCUGCUUUUCUCCGUGGGAGGGUCAGGUCACAGAAGAUUGCUCAUCAAAAUGGUCUAAAUACAAGCACGACCUAGCAGCGAGCUGUCAAGGGAGAGUGGUUGCAGCAGUGGAGAAAAAUGGGGUGGUUUUCAUCCGAGGAGAAGGUGUGGGAGCUUAUAACCCCCAUCUCAAUCUGAAGAAUGUUCAGAGGAAUCUGAUCCUCCUGCAUCCACAGCUUCUCCUCCUGGUGGAUGAAAUACAUCUGGGAGAGGAGAGCCCUUUGGAGACAGCAGCAAGCUUCUUCCACAAUGUGGAUUUCCCUUUUGAGGAGACCGUGGUCGAUGGGGUCCAUGGAGCUUUCAUCAGGCAGCGAGAUGGCCUCUAUAAAAUGUACUGGAUGGAUGAUACUGGCUACAGUGAGAAAGCCACCUUUGCUUCAGUGACAUACCCUCGUGGCUAUCCCUACAAUGGGACAAACUAUGUGAAUGUCACCAUGCACCUCCGAAGUCCUAUCACCAGGGCAGCUUACCUCUUUAUAGGGCCAUCCGUAGACGUGCAGAGCUUCAGCAUCCAUGGGGACUCUCAACAACUGGAUGUGUUCAUAGCCACCAGCCGGCACGCCUACGCCAUUUACCUCUGGACAGGGGAGACCACAGGACAGUCCGCCUUUGCACAGGUCAUUGCAGAUCGUCAGAAAAUUCUGUUUGACCGGAGUUCAGCCAUCAGGAGCACCACUGUCCCUGAGGUGAAGGACUAUGCUGCUGCUGUGGAACAGAACCUGCAGCAUUUUAAGCCAGUGUUCCAGCUGCUGGAGAAGCAGAUCCUAUCCCGAGUCCGGAACACAGCUAGCUUCAGGAAGACUGCUGAGCGGCUGCUGAGAUUUUCAGAUAAGAGACAGACUGAGGAGGCCAUCGACAGGAUCUUCGCCAUAUCACAGCAACAACAGCAGCAGCAAAGCAAGUCAAAGAAAAACCGAAGGGUAGGCAAACGCUAUAAAUUUGUGGAUGCUGUCCCUGAUAUUUUUGCACAAAUUGAAGUCAAUGAAAAAAAGAUUCGACAGAAAGCUCAGAUUUUGGCACAGAAAGAACUGCCCAUAGAUGAAGAUGAAGAAAUGAAAGACCUUUUAGAUUUUGCAGAUAUAACAUACGAGAAACACAAAAAUAAUGGCUUGAUGAAAGGCCGGUAUGGACAAGCCCGGAUGGUGACAACUACUGGCAGCAAAGCCCCAUCACUAUCUGCUUCGUAUACCAGACUGUUCCUGAUUCUGAACAUAGCUAUUUUCUUUGUCAUGUUGGCAAUGCAACUGACUUACUUCCAGAGGGCCCAGAGCCUACAUGGCCAAAGAUGUCUUUAUGCAGUCCUCCUAAUAGAUAGCUGUGUUUUAUUAUGGUUGUACUCUUCUUGUUCCCAAUCACAGUGUUAGCACUGAAGGUAUCAAUUGCUUGAUCGUUUGUGGUCAUAAAUCUAUGCCAAAAAAAAAAAAAAUUACUGCCCUAGUUUGUUAUUGGAUUUUUUUCUCAGAUUCGUUUUAGCAAAUUAAGGGGAAGAUAUCUUCACACAAGAAGGCAAGGACGUGGAGGAAUCAGCAUUGGCACACACAAAGAAUUUAUCAAAGGAGUAAGAGUAGCUCGGUUGUCACAUGGUAUUUCUGGAAGUGUUUGGCAUGGCUAAUUUAGCGGUCCACAUAAUGCUACUCUUACAAGAAAUAAAAAGUCUGGUUUUAUAAUAUUUUUUCUUACGAGAAACAAAAAAGACUUAGAUAGAGUUUGAAUAUUCAUGUUAAUUUAAUGCUAUUAGCAAUCUCCAGAUACUGUUUUAUGAGAAGACGGAAGCACACAAUUCUGAGAAAUACAGACACUUUUCUUUUUUUAAUGGUGUAGUCCUGUUGAAAAAUAAAUGUUGCUAAGUCCUGGUAUGGUGGUAUCAGCUUCCUUGGAGAGUAGUUCAUUAGUUAAGUGAAUGACAGCACCUGCAUAUUGGAUUACUGUUCAGAUAACAUAGUAAAAUGAUGGCAGAAAAGCAUUAAAAGCUUAAAAUAUAUUUCCAUUAGAAACUAUGUAUCUAUGAAUGAAUAUUUCCUUGAUGUUGAACUCUGCACACACAUAACUGAUUGCUUUUAUGCAUCCAUUGGUUGUUCAACAAAUAAAACCAUUACAGAUAACUUAAUUUUCUGUUUUCUUUCUAUUGUAAACUGUUAUAGACCCAAUGACUAAACUUCAAAAUAACAUAUUUUAUAUCCUGAACAUUGAUUUCAAUACCAAAGAAGAAUGGGGGAAUUAAAAUUUGGAUAUGA